AUGUCCGACGUCGAAUCCCCUGGAUCUGCGCAGCCCUCCUCGACAGGUCCAAAGUACCCGGCGCCAAAAGACAAGCAAUGUCCCUAUUGCUACCAACUCUUCACCUCCUCCUCCCUCGGCCGCCACCUCGACCUGUACAUCAAGCCGAAGAACGCCAAACCGCCGGACGGGAAGCACGAUGUCGAGGAGAUCAAACGGAUACGGGGGCACAUUACGCGUCGACAGCCGAAGUCCGGGCCGAAGAGAGCGCCUGGCUCGUCUCGUUAUAAUGACGUCUCGGCCGACAUGUCCACCCCAGCCUUGCGCGUACCGGCGAUGAAUAGCAUCCUCCCUGAAAUCUUUCGGCCAACGUGGUUGACGACAGGGGUGAUUUCCGGACUGCCGCCGCGGCCGGUGAGCGCGUUUGAACAUUCCUUGGCGCGUGGCCACGGGUCCGCGGGCGGGACAACGCUGCCGGCUGGGAUGGAGAGGGAUGUGAAGGAGCGAUUGAACGAGCAUUUGGAGACGGGGGCGGCGGCGCAGAGGGCAUUGAAGGAGAUGUGGAAUGUUUUGGAAGGAUUGAACCAACCGAAGCCUCCCGCGCAUCCAUUUCCCUUCGACCCCGUCUCCCACAACUUUCCCGGCCUGUGCCUCCGAAUCCUGGAACCUCCACCGACGCUCUUCUCCGCGACGCCCUUUGCGAUGUCGUCAUCUUGCUCCAUUAGUCCGCCCGGCCCGAAUCAAUAUGAUGCGCUGGUUCGCACCGUCCGGGAACGCCUUGCGAACCAUAGCGCA